AUGACAGAGAGAUCAAGUCAGAGUGAGUUUGAUCACAACCCUUCCUCCCCAGUGAGGCUAUUCGGUUUUCCGGUGACGGGCUGUGGCAAAUCCCCGGUGACAGUACAACCCGAUUGCGGGAUCAGAAGAUUUGAGUGCCAGUAUUGUCACCGAGAGUUCGCCAAUUCUCAAGCACUAGGUGGCCAUCAGAACGCGCACAAGAAAGAACGGCAGCGAGCAAAGCGGGCCCACUUCCAAACCGAUCACCACCGUCGUUUUGCAGUGACUGUCCCACUUGUCAGUGCCCAUGCAGGUCGAUCAGGACCGCUAAUUUGCUCAGGUGGGUCCACAAGUGGUGGUUCGUAUGCCGCACGCUUCCGGUCUCCGUCUGACUACCGUGUACAUCCACAUCCACCGCAGGUAUUAUCAUCACCACCUCUCAGAUUUCCUGAUCGGUUCUACGCGGGACGGCCACACCAGAUUGUUACUGCGGGCCCACAGUGUGUGGAGGCCCAAAUAUCACCGUUGAUUGGAGAAGCAGAGAAUGAGGUGGACGUUGAUCUCCAUCUGUGA